GAAGAGAAACCUUUUGAAUGUAACAUUUGUGGAAAGUCUUUCACCUGCAAGACAUAUCUUACUGACCACCAGAGACCAUACACAGGAGAGAAACCUUAUGAAUGUAACAUGUGUGGAAAGUCUUUCACCAAGAAGUCAAACCUUACUGUACACCAGAGAACACACACAGGAGAGAAACCUUAUGAAUGUAAUAUGUGUGGAAAGUCUUUCACCAAGAAGUCACCUCUCACUGUCCAUCAGAGAAUACACACAGGAAAGAAACCUUAUGAAUGUAACAUGUGUGGAAAGUCUUUUACCCAGAAGUCACACCUCACUGUCCACCAGAGAAUACACAUAGGAAAGAAACCUUAUGAAUGUAAUGUGUGUGGAAAGUCUUUCACCCAGAAGACAACUCUCACUGUCCACCAGAGAAGACACACAGGCAAGAAACCUUAUGAAUGUAACAUGUGUGAAAAGUCUUUCACCAAGAAGUCAAACCUUACUGACCACCAGAGAACACACACAGGAGAGAAACCUUAUGAAUGUAAUAUGUGUGGAAAGUCUUUCACACAUAAGUCACCCCUUAAUGUUCACCAGAGAAAACACAUAGGAAACAAAUCUUAUGAAUGUAAUGUAUGUGAAAAGUCUUUCACCCAGAAGCUGCACUUUACUGUCCACCAGGGAAUACACACAGGAGAUAAACCUUAUGAAUGUAACAUGUGUGGAAAGUCUUUCACCAAUAAGUCAAACCUUACUGUCCACCAGAGAACACACGCAGGAAAGAAACCUUAUGAAUGUAACGUGUGUGGAAAGUCUUUCACCCAGAAGAUACACUUUACUGUCCACGAGAGAACACACACAGGAGAGAAACCUUAUGAAUGUAACGUGUGUGGAAAGUCUUUCACCAAGAAGUCAUACCUUACUGCCCACAGAAAACACACAGGAAAGAAACCUUAUGAAUGUCAUAUGUGUUGAAAGUAUAUCAGCCAAGAUAUAUAUGUUACUGUCAACCAGAGAGCACACACAGGAGAGAAAUUUUAUGAAUGUAAGCUAUGUGGAAAGUCUUUC